ACACUAGAUCAAUUUUAUACUGAAAUGAAAUUAGUAUUAGAAUUACUAGAUUUAAAUAAUUUUUUAGAUAAAUUAGCAAAUAGUUUAAAGAUUAAUGAUGAUGAUGAUGACUUUUUUGAUCAAUUAAAAACAAUACCUUAG